AUGGAGGACGAGACGACGAAAACCGAGCCAACGGAGGAAGCUCCUGUCCCGAGCGGCUUCUCCGGCGCCGCAAACCCUCUUCCGAAAGGCGCGAGGCACUCCUACGCCGAUGGCAGAUUCCAAAGCUUGCUGGCCCGCGAACGCACGGCCAUCCCCGACCCUAAAUACCUAGACCACCAAGAUUUCGGUGCAGACGAGCGGGCCGCCGUCGCCAACUGGCUUGUCGAGCUCCACGACGGCUACCGGCUUGCCCCGGUAUAUCUCUUCCUCGGCGUGAGUAUACUCGAUCCUUACCUGUCGAGAAAAAAGGUCAAUCUCUUCAGGCUCCAGCUCCUAGGUGCUACCGGCCUGUGGCCGGCGGCCAAGGUCGAGGAAGCCAUGUGUCCGGUGGUUCAGCAUUUUCCCCUCAUGUACUGCGAAGACGAAACAUCCACACCCGUUACGUCGAAGAAGAGGCGGAAAAUCUGCUACGAGGGAAGGCCAUAUUCUCGAAACCUUGGAUUUCGUCUUGACCGAUCCUGGCCCCUUGGGCUUCCUGCGCCGAAUUCCCGGCGCGGACGGCAACGACACGAAAUGCCCCUGCCCUCCCCCAUCCUCUUGACGUAA